GCAGACCGUGGUAAAUUCGCAGGUGAAGGCGGCGCUUGGCGGUUCAGCUGUUUGUUUAAACAGCUGAACUGAGCGUUUGGUCGAGAAGCGCCCUGCGUCACCUUAGUUCCACGUCCGUGUCUCUCCAGUGUUUGGUGCAGGACAGGUACGUGCGCACUGUUUGUUCAGGGUAGAGCAGAGAGCUGCCGCUCACAGAUGGAGUCUCUGUUGAACCGCUGGCUGUGGCGUCACGAGUACUGGCUCCCACCGGGUGUCACGUGGGCCGAUAUGGUAGAGACAGAGAGUGUCCAGUACCCGCAGCCUCGUGACCUGCUCCUCACCCUCCCUCUCUCCCUGGUCUUCAUCGCUGCUCGCUACGCCUUUGAGAGGCUGGUGGCGCUGCCCCUGAGCCGGAAACUGGGAGUGAGGGACACCACCCGGCGGGUUCUGGCGGUCCAGAAUGUGACCCUGGAGGUGUUUUACAAGCAGCAGACCCGGAGCCCAUCACAGAAUCAGUUCCACAGCCUAUCUAAACAGUGUGACCUCUCCCAGAGACAAAUCGAGAGGUGGUUCCGACUCCGUAGAAACCAAGACAGGCCCAGCAACAGCAAGAAGUUCUGUGAGGCCUGCUGGAGAUUUACCUUCUAUAUGAUAGCCUUCCUUGCUGGCCUAGCUGUUUUGGUUGAUAAACCCUGGUUUUGGGACCCAAGUGAAUGCUGGGUUGGCUAUCCUCAGCAACCCCUACAGACCUCCCAGUACUGGUACUACAUGACUGAACUGGCCUUUUACUGGUCUCUGCUGCUCAGAGUCUCGUUCGAUGUCAAACGAAAGGAUUUUAAGGAGCAGGUCAUCCAUCACAUCGCCACCAUUUUCCUGAUGGGAUUCUCAUACUGCGCUAAUUACAUCAGAGUGGGAACACUGGUGCUGCUGGUGCACGAUGCCUCCGACUAUCUCCUGGAGUCAGCCAAGAUGUUUAACUACGCCGGCUGGAGGAGGGUGUGUGACUCCCUGUUUUUCGUUUUCACUGCUGUCUUUCUGGUGACCCGGCUUGUGGUGUUUCCAAGCAAAGUGCUCUACACCACUUGGUAUCUCUCCAUGGAGAGCUUCCAGCCCUUCUUUGGCUAUUACUUCUUCAACGCCCUGCUGCUGGUCCUGCAGCUCCUCCAUGUUUUCUGGGCCUUGCUCAUCCUGCGCAUGGUCUGGAAGUUUGUCGUCCAGGGCAGGGUUGAGCGAGAUGAGAGGAGCGAUGAGGAGGAGAAUCACACAGAGGAGGAGGAGGAGGAGGAGACUUGCUGGGAGAGGAGGAAGUGCGCCUUCGACUCCAAACUCCCUUCGCUGACCAACAACUGCGUGCUCAACAACUUGACCAACCAGAGGAACGGCGCACCCAGCAGGCAGCCCAAAGCCCGGUAGCGCUAGAGCCCUCUUCUGGUGGGAGGCUGAAUUGCUCCCAUUUUUUUGUAUUCAUACAUUUAUUUUUUUUGGCUUUUUACAGAUUUCAAGGUUUUUUGCUUUUUGUGGCUAAGUGCUGCAAAGGUAUUAGAUUUGCACAAGAUAUUUUAGUCUAUUGUAUAAUUAUUAUUAUUAUCAUUAUUAUUAUUGCUAUUGUUUACGUUUGUCUUAGGUAAGGGGGUCCAAGAUUAUCGCUGAUCAAGAUCUGUGAAAUCAGCUACCAAAAGUGCUAGAACUAAAGAGUAAGAUACCUGUUUAUCAUUUUGCAGCACUUUAUUUUAUUAUGCAUACUCGCCAAUGUCGGUCGUUUUGUUAAAUAAACAUCUAAAAGGUUUUAGUGCCAUGCUUAAUUGCAGAUUUUUACAACACAACUUUAUAGCCCCCUGUACACUGCUGUAUUGCCUAUCCUGGUGCCUCAAGAGUGAGAAUAGUGCGCCCCCUUGUGUAAAUUCUGAGGAAUUACAAGCACAGCCACACAGGUCAUGAUGACCUGUUUCACAAUGACUGGGUUUCGUUUAAUGAGGUAAUCGUGAGCUCCACAGUUUCAUGUAGACUUGGCUUUCCCAUUAAAUGGAGGAAGUGAUUACUAAAUAUGGCAAUACAGUAAGAUGAGAAGUGGCAGUCGGUUAUAAUUGUAAGCAGCAGCCAACAGGAACUGGGCUGGAAGCAUGAAACAGCUUGCAUGUGGUACUGAUUUUAAGUGCUUUUUUUGUUAUGAUGUGUUUCUUUCUUUAUUUUUUUUAAAGCAAACAUAUCAUGAAAAUCCACCAAUGGAAAAAUACAACAUAUGAACUGUAUAUGUAGUACGUCACUGAAACCUUUUUCUGCAAUGCCUCCCAGAUCCUCUUGCUGAUAGUAAAGCCGACGCUUGGCAAUUUGUCUCCGUAGAGAGAUGAUCACAACAGAGCCAGGGAGAUCUGUGGUCUCCAACCCCAACCGUGGAAUUACUGUGGUAUAGGAGUGGGGCAGGAGUGAAAUUGACUGACCUUUCUGAGUGUGUGACUCACAACUUUUAGAAUAAUAAUAGUAAUAGUAAUAAUAAUAAUUUUAUGUUUCGGAUAACUUUUGCAUUGUUUUCUAAUGAGCCCAAAAAGGGGAGUCUGCAACGAACGAGUUCUAUGUAAUGUAUUUAACUUCUAGCACAUGCUUGUGUCUGAACAACGCUGAACUUUCUCCUGUUGCCCUCCCACAUGCACGCUAAUACAGCCCCAUGGGUUUAUUGAGACUGAAUGACUGUGUUGUAACGGGGGCCAUGAUAUUCCUGUGAUGGUACUCCCAAUUGUACAAGCCUCUCUUUCCUACCCCAAAGUUAAGUGUAAAGACGCACGGUCACAGCUACAGUACCCCUAACCCGCCUGUAGUUGCUGGAGCUGUCUGUGUCGAGGCAGACUGAUGGGGGUCGUGUCUGCCAUACCUCUGGUUAAAUGGAGGCCCUGGUUGUAACAUGAUGAUGGUCCAGUCAGAAGCGGGGCUGUUAUCAGUACGGUACAUGUCAGGAGGUGGAGUGGUUCGGUGUUUAGGUUUGUUCUCAAGAUAACCAGUCCCAAUCAAGUUGUUGUUUUUUUUUAAUUUUAAUAAAAUAUAUUUUAUUGCA